UUGAAAUUCUGAUACACUUCGGAAGUUCAUUUCCGAAACUGGGAAUGAAGGUGUUUUCGGAAAUGAACUUCCGAAACACCACUGCGCAGAAGUUCUCUGCAACCUCCAUGGCAGACCCCAAAUCAAACUUCAAACCUAUGUUUACACAUUCUAAACAUCCUAAAUGUCAGUACAAACCUAACCUAAUACAUUUUUUGCUAUUUGUAAACACCCUAAUAUAAAUUUUAAGAAAAUUUCUUUGCCAACCUCCCUACCUUCUAGUCCACCUCUGGUGAAAACCCCAUACUACCCCUGACUUCGGAAAUGCAUUUCCGAAAAUGCAAGAAAAAGGUGUUUUCGGAGAUGCAUCUCCGAAAACCCCUUUUUUCUUGAAAAAAUUGUCUUAUUUCGGAAGUUCAUUUCCGAAAACAGUAUUUCGGAAGUUCAUUUCCGAAAUGCUGCGCGUUAUGCAGAUUUAUCAAAACACUCCCCCUCCCCCAUUCAUUUACCCUAACUCAAAUCAAAAACAAGCAAAGGCGAAAAUUUGUGCAAACACACUUCCAAGGCUGCAUCAAGGCUCGAAUCACAUUGCUAUACAACAUUCAAAAGCCCACAAAUCACUCAAUUUGAACAUGUCAGACAACCAACCAGCACGCAUCAGACAGGGUAGGGAGACCCAGACUGCGUCGGCUAGAGAGGGAAUGGGUGGCGCUAAGGGAAGAAAGGGUUCUUCAACCUCGUGCUCUCGCGGAGUGAAGGAGGUGAAGGAGAAGAAGAAGGUUUUGUCUGGUUCUGCUUCUCGUCCCCUGGGGGUCCAUGGCUCGGACGUGCAGGCUCAGUCUUCAGGCGUGAGAGUCAUGAUCAACGCUGAUGGUUCUGAGACUGAGUGGGAUGAGGAUUGGUAUAAUUAUCUUCAUUCGGGCAGAAUAACGUGUUUUUGUUUUGUUUGACGUGUUUUGUUUUGUUUUGUUUUGAUUUCGGAUUGUAUCUUUC